CAACAUUUCUAAAUUUUAAUCUGAAAAUGAUGUUGUUGCAUCCGUAUCUUCGCGAAGUACGAGAUAAAGUCCCUGCAAAUGAAGAAGUAUGUAUUAGAAACAGUUGAUCCAUUGGCAUCUUGCGAAAGCUAAAAUGUAUGUAGGCAUUAGUAUUUAAAAUUUGGUUUAUUUCAAAGAUUUAUCGUCAACAAAAUGGAAAAAGCUUAUAAAUUGAAGUUAGUCAAAGAAGCAAUAAAAAGCUAUCCAGAUUUUCCAAAAACAGGAGUUUUAUUUCGCGAUGUAUUUGAAAUUUUUCAAAAUGCCCAGGCUCUGCAAGCAUUAAAAGAUCUGUUAGUGGAACACGUGGCUUUACUAGAUAUUGACAUCAUCGUGGGUCUGGAUUCAAAAGGCUUCUUACUAGGCCCGAUAAUCAGCUUAGGAUUGGCAAAGCCAUUUAUCCCAAUCAGAAAGAAAGGAAAACUACCGGGUAAAGUUUUUCGACAAAACUAUACCCUGGAAUACGGAGAGGAUACAUUUGAAAUUCAGACUGAUGCUGUGCAAGGAAAAAAGAAAGCACUGAUUGUUGACGAUCUUAUAGCGACCGGUGGAACUAUGUCGGCUGCAGAAAAACUUUUAAAAGAAUUAGGAGUGGUAACAGUCGAAUGUCUAGUCAUAAUAGAAUUGACAUCUUUUAAAGGACGCUCCAAACUUGAAGCUCCGCUACAUUCCUUACUGCAAUUUAAUUGACUUACAAAAUUAAUUAUCUCUUCUGCCAAAUGGAAUUUAUUAUUAAAUAAAUAUGCGACCUU